UACUGUUGUUCACUCUGUAGGGGAUGAAAUAACAGCCUAUGCACCCUAUCUAGUACACUUUGUCCUCACAACAGAGACUUUUUGCUUAACGACCGAGGACCGAGACAUACACAGCUGAACGGCGUAUCGUUGGGAUUUAAACGGAUUGCUUUUGUGUUGUUAAUUUGGAUGUUAAAUAUAUACUUAUUUAGGUGCUUCUAGAGGAACUUGAAGAUGCCUGAGGUGAAGUCCACGUUCAGAGAGGUUCUACCGAAACAAGGUCAGCUGUCAGUGGAGGACGUCCCCACGCUGAUCCUGUGCAAACCAAAACUCCUGCCUCUGAAAUCUGUGACACUGGAGAAGCUGGAGAAGAUGCAGCAACAGGCCCAGGAGGUCAUCAGACAACAAGAAGCGGCUAACAGUGAGCCGGAGCCUGCUCGACCCGGCACGCAGAACAGGUGUGUGGGCGAGACUGUGCUCCAGUAAGUCCCUACUUAUUCCAUGUGUGAGAUUUAUUGGACCAUCAGUACCACCACAGUGCAGUUUUCCUCCAAGUGACAGUUACCUGGAAAGGUCUACAAAGCUGAAUGAAGUCCCACCCCCAUUAUUAGCAGUCACGCUGUUAAGUCCAUAAAGUUCUUAAGACUGUAAUGUGAGGAUUUGGAUCAGACCAGCCGUCUGCAUGCGGAGAUGUAGCAACAAGCCAUCCAAUUCUUAGUAUAGUACUCCAGGGUUAGCAUUCAGCACAGGGUGCUUAUUUAUCUGCUCUGUAAAACUGAGACAGGAAGUCACUAUACUGGUUUAGCGGGUACAGGACAAGGACUCAAGACCAAGCUAAUUUGUUAAAUCAGGUUGUGUUGUACUGAAAAUAAAGGCAAUGCAGUACAA